AUGUCGUAUUGGGUAUGUCUCUUCUUUUGCCUUUGCAUUUCUGCCAAUGGGAAAUUGAAAAUCCCGGAUCAUAAGAUAAGCCAGUAUGAUUCGGUAGUCCACACUCGGUUUGUCGCUCUAAAUGGGAUCUUCUUUGACGGCUUUCUGGACCUUAUGUCAGAUGAAGAUUGGUUUAUAUCGUCACAAGGUUGUGUUAAUUGUGGGGAUGUGGUGAGCGAUACGAAUAUAACAGAUCCCAGAUUUUUGGGAACUGAUGAGACUUUUGAGAUUCGAUACGAUGGUAGAAUAGGGAGCGCUAAAGGACGGGUUUCCCGGGAAGGUGUGGAUCUUGAAUGACACAAAUGUAAGCGGUUUUAUUACUGUUUGCUUAUUAUUGCGUAUGGUCUUAUAUGAAAAUUUUGUUUUUCUUCAAUGUUUUAUUUAGUCUGGAAAAGCAUAUCGUGUUCCGAUUGUCCUAGAAGCUGAUUCGCCGUCAGCGAUAACGAAUCUAAACCAAAAGGCGACAAAGGGACGGAUUGGCUUCAAUACCAACUUCAACCUGACUUCCCGUCUGACGUCUUUAUUUUCGAACAGCGAUUACUUUUGCUUAGUGACACACGUUCACAUUGAUGAAGUGUAGGUAUAUUUUAGCAUGGAUUGCAAAUAGUGGUUUGAAAGAAGCCAUAAAAAUUGAAAUGAUCUCAGAUUCACUUAUCCCUCGUGAUUUAGUGAGCAUAAAAGAGAUGCGUGCGAAACGGCCAACAGUGUGGCGGGAGGACCGCAAAUGGAGAACAUUCGCGCCAUUGCUGACAUCACACCGAACGAAGGGCAUUUUUGGCAAUUCCAAGUGCAAUACGCUGCAUACCAGGAGUUCACAUCUUCCGCCUUUUUUCCCACCUUUGAGGCAAUUCUUUCGUCCACUACGCCUUACCUGCAUGUUCCCCAAGAACUGAUAAAAAUCAUGACCACAUCUCUAUCUGAGUCCGAGACGUCUCCAGAUGGUGACGUCAUCAUCAAUUGCAACUACCGCUUCCUCGGACAACCUAUCGUAUUUUACAUUAAUGGCGGCCUAGUUUCGAUUGAAUCUAUGUUCUAUACAAUGAGAGAUCACAUUGAUUCAAACAUCUGUGCGCUCCGAAUGAAAGCGUUGCCUGAAGGCGAAACCCGAUGGGUUUUAGGUGCGCCUUUCCUCGAGGCAGUCACCGUUUGUCUUGGGUUGAAGGUUAACGAUAUUUAUUUUGCAAAAAACAAUCAGUUACAUUACUGA